AUGGAGGAUUUCCAGGCGGCCAGGGCCCUUGUGUUUGUGUCCCAUGGCGCCGGGGAACACUGUGGCCGCUAUGACGAGCUAGCUCAGAUGCUGAUGGGGCUGGACAUACUGGUGUUUGCGCAUGACCACGUCGGCCACGGGCAGAGCGAAGGGGAGAGGAUGGUGGUGUCUGACUUCCACGUUUUCGUCAGGGACGUGCUACAGCACGUGGACGUCAUGCAGAAGGACUACCCCAGCCUCCCGGUCUUCCUCCUGGGCCACUCCAUGGGAGGUGCCAUUGUGAUCCUCACAGCGGCGGAGAGGCCGGGCCACUUCUCGGGGAUGGUCCUCAUCUCACCCCUGGUUCUGGCCAAUCCCGAAUCUGCAACGACUUUCAAGGUCCUCGCUGCGAAAGUGCUCAACCUGGUCCUGCCAAACAUGUCCCUGGGGCCCAUCGAUUCCAGCGUCCUCUCCCGGAACAAGACGGAGGUUGAGCUUUACGACUCGGACCCUCUCAUCUGCCGGGCGGGGCUGAAAGUGUGCUUUGGGAUCCAACUACUCAACGCUGUCUCGCGGGUGGAGCGAGCCCUCCCCAAGCUGACCUUGCCCUUCCUGCUGCUCCAGGGCUCCGCAGACCGCCUGUGUGACAGCAGAGGGGCCUACCUGCUCAUGGAGUCAGCCAAGAGCCAGGACAAGACUCUCAAGAUUUACGAAGGUGCCUACCACGUCCUCCACAAAGAGCUUCCGGAGGUGACCAACUCCGUCUUCCACGAAAUAAACAUGUGGGUCUCCCAAAGGAUAACCAUGGCUGUCCCCAGAGGGGUCCCCAGAGGGUCCCCGCCCUGAGUGCACAGGCCAAGGGACCAGCUCAUGGCCUGGGGGAAGCGGGCAGAGGGAGAACAGAGCUGGCUACUUCCGAGUGGCUUAAAAACCAACCCACCGCCAAACUGGAGGGACCCCUGGCGCAGUUAACUUUAAAAAAAAUAAAUUUAUGUCAUAUAUAAGGCUAUAAGGCACUGGAACUACCCUAAAGGGUAGACACUAUGCAAAAAAAAAAA